AUGGGAGUCAUCCAGUGGGUUGUAGGACCUACAGUGGGUGUAAUCCAGUGGGUUACAGCACCUACAAUGGGAGUCAUCCAGUGGGUUGCAGGACCUACAGUGGGAGUCAUCCAGUGGGUUACAGUACCUACAGUGGGUUACAACACCUACAGUGGGAGUUAUCCAGUGGGCUACAGCACCUACAGUGGAUGUCAUCCAGUCUGUUACAGCAUCUACAGUGGGUGUCAUCCAGUGGGUUACAGCACCUAUAGUGGUAGUCAUCCAGUGGGUUACAGCACCAACAGUGGGUGUCAUCCAUUGGGUCACACCACCUACAGUUGGUGUCAUCUAGUGGGUUACAACACCUACUGUGGGAGUCAUCUAGUGGGUUACAGCCCCUACAGUGGGUGUCAUCUAGUGGGUUACAGCAGCUGCAGUGGGAGUCAUCUAGUGGGUUACAGCACCUACAGUGGUUGUCAUCUAGUGGGUUACAGCACCUACAGUGGGAGUCAUCUAGUGGGUUACAGCACCUGCAGUGGGUGUCAUCCAGUGAGUUACAGCACCUACAGUGGGUGUCAUCCAGUGUGUUUCAGCACCUACAGUGGGUGUCAUCCAGUGAGUUACAGCACCUGCAGUGGGUGUCAUCCAAUGGGUUACAGCACCUACAGUGGGUGUCAUCCAGUGGGUUACAGCACCUACAGUGGGUGUCAUCUAGUGGGUUACAGCACCUACAAUGGGUAUCAUCUAGUGGGUUACAGCACCUACAGUGGGAGUCAUCUAGUGGGUUACAUCACCUACAGUGGGUGUCAUCUAGUGGGUUACAGCACCUACCAUGGGUAUCAUCUAGUGGGUUACAGCACCUACAGUGGGUGUCAUCUAGUGGGUUACAGCACCUACUGUGGGUAUCAUCUAGUGGGUUACAGCACCUACAGUGGGAGUCAUCUAGUGGGUUACAGCACCUACAGUGGGUAUCAUCUAGUGGGUUACAGCACCUACAGUGGGUAUCAUCUAGUGGGUUACAGCACCUACUGUGGGUAUCAUCUAGUAGGUUACAGCACCUACAGUGGGAGUCAUCUAGUGGGUUACAGCACCUACAGUGGGAGUCAUCUAGUGGGUUACAGCACCUACAGUGGGUAUUAUCUAGUGGGUUACAGCACCUACUGUGGGUAUCAUCUAGUGGGUUACAGCACCUACUGUGGGUAUCAUCUAGUGGGUUACAGCACCUACAGUGGGAGUUAUCUAGUGGUUUACAGCACCUACAGUUUGAUUAAGGGCACACUUUUUUAUGCUCCUUUCAAGCUGCUGGGAGAUCAUUCCCCUGACACUCGCUUGUUCACAGUGAUUGAAACGCCCGACUCUACUGGUUGUGCGAGAGCAGAAUGUGGCGUUGCACAUGGGAGCUCUUGUGCAAUGCUAAAUUGA